AUGGACGAUUAUACUGCUAUGCGGAGGCAUUUGCCAUUUGCAGACUAUGAUGAAGAAGGAAACUACAUUGAAGAAGAAGACAACAAUAAGGAUGAAGAAACUCGUAUUUUGGAAUUAAGAGCUUUAAAAAAAUCUACCUUAAGUCGUUACACUCCUGAAGUUAGGGAUAAAGUAGAUUCAAUAAUUGAUGAGCUACUGUGUGAAACUAUAUUUAAUAUUCAUAGAGACUUAAAAUUAGGAAUUCUUGAUCCAAGCCGGUAUGAUUCUAAUUACGUAAGACGCUCUAACUCUCCAACCUUAGUAAAUAUGACUGAACAAUUGAAUAUCACUAAACCAACCCAGGAAGUUGAUUGUCCGAAAUGUCAUGUACCAGUGAAGUGUCUUUUAUUAUCUAAACAUUUAGCAUUAUGUAUGAAUCCACACCAAAACACUUAUUCUUAUAGUAGUAGAAAUAGUUCUCGAAUAGCUCGACAGCGUAUACAAGAAGGUUUUAAGACCGCUUAUGACGAAUCUAAAAAUGAUAGUGAAGAUGAGCGAGCUAAACCAAAGAGACGAAGCAACAAAGGAAAAAAGACCACAAUCAAAAGCGUAAGGUAA